AGGGCUCUCACCCACGUUAGCGAUGCUCAUUUCUGACUGUGAUUGCAUCCCUUGAGGCACUUGUCGGGAGGAGAGUGUGUGUGUGUGUGUUGAUUCGUGUGAAGGACAUGAGUGUGUGUGUGUGAGUGUGUGCGGGGGGAUCGACACCAUGCAGUGGCGGGCUCUCCUGGUCUUUGCGUACCUGUCUGCGAGCAUCCAUGAGGCAGGAAGUCAGCACUACGGGAAAGCGCUGUUUCCGUCUGCAUCCAGGAUAAAGCGUGGGACGCCGGCGCUGAUGAACCCCACAUUCCAGCACUCGGUGGACGACGCCAAUCUGCUCUUCGAGAUCCUUCUGGCCGGGAUGGAGAUCCGAGGUGGCGGCCGCUCGCUGCUCAUCCCGGACGAGGAGCUGGCCUCCCUGAGCUGCGUGGAGAAGCUGGAGGUCCUCUGCGAGGACGUCCUGCCCAAGACGCUCCCCGACGUCCGCCGGCUGGCGGCGGAGCUGGAGCGGCGCCGGACGCCUCUGAGCCGGGCGGACUUCGAGAGGACGGUGCUGACUCUGGUCUUCAGCGCCCAGACGGCGGCUCAGGUCGCCGACCGGCACCAGAGGGAGAUGUGGACCGACGCGGCGCUCCGGCUGUUCAGAGCCGUUCGAAAAGACCUCGAACUCUAAGAUAAACGGUCGAGAUUCCUCAUGUCGUGCGGAGCUCCGGCUACACUCGCUGACUGAUGAGGAAGCAAAAAAGAUCUCUGCGGCGAGGAGUUUCCUUCCAGGACAGACAGAUCAGCAUUUAUCCCCUCGAAUGUUCCAACGAUGACGGUGAUGAUGA